AUGAGCAACUGUCAAAGCGGACGCAUGCUCUUUGGUUUUGGGGCAAGUGUUUUAACGACACUUUUUGCAAGUGCAAUGUAAUUAUGCACAAAUUAAUUGACAUUAAAUAAUUUUCCUAUUAAAACAACUACAACCAGCUGACUAGACAGACUUAAGCAAAAUGGAGACAAUGUCAGAAACAGAAGUCAUCAGUGAACCGAAUGCAAAAGCUAAACUGCUGGAGGAAAACCUGAAAUGUAAAACUCAAGAUAACCAGAUGACUUCAAGCACAAUAUCAAGUUUGGCAUCCCCUGGAGAUUCUGGAGUCCAGUUGCUCGAUAGUGAAAGUGAAGUCACAUCUGUUAUGUCAGUCAGUGGUUUUGGUUGUGAUAGUGAAGUACCACUGGAUGGUGAUCUCAAGGAAGAUGUUGAAAUUUCCAAGAGUGUUUGUGAGGGUGUGCAUAAUGUGGAAGAAGAAUCAAAACCAAAACAAGAAAUCCAUGUAAAAGAUAGGCUGAAGUGUGAGAAGGCUCAUGUAAUGACCAAAAGUGAUAUUGCAAAUCAAAACAUAACACAUGAUUUCUCUAAUUUAUCUGUGUCAGUCCCUAGUUACUUUGACAAGUUUGAUUUGUCAUCUGGUUUGGCACAAGAACUAAAGGACACUAAUGGAGAUGGUCAAGAAGAAGUCUUUGAAAUGGAACAUCCAAUCAAGUCAUGUGAAAAAUCUGAUACAGAUUUAAUGAACUGUUCUUUAAACAGUUAUGAACUACUAGAUUAUACAAUGCAAAAUCUAAAAAUUGAUAACACAGAUACAAUGCAUGUCAGUCUUUCAGAAGAAGUGAAUGAGACUCUGAAACUAGAACUGAACAACACAGAAACAUCAGUCAGCCCAGUUCCUGAGGCUCCUGAAAACAUACCUAUUGAAUCACCAGAAAUAAAACCUGUGGAGGAACAAAUUGUCUUCAGGAGACAGAGGAAGAAAAAAUCAAAGUCUGACACACCAAAGAAGAGGGUCUCUUUCCAUGAAGAUAUAUUGAACAGCACCAAAAUUGAUGACAUCCACAUCAACCACGGAUUUAUUACUCACGAACCCGAUGUUUCCUUCAGCUUUUUCCAAAGGGGGUUCAGGAGGAAGCCAGAUGUUGUUAAAGGUCGAUACAGUUGGGCAGCGGAAGGUGACGCCCCGUAUUACGAGAAAAAUGAGGACAGGGAAAUAAAAUCGGACAUCUACAUCCACAAUUCACGUUACUCGUCCACGUCCUCGAGUUCAACUGGAAGUAUUUCCAGUUCUAUCGACGAGGAGGACAAUUCGGACGAGAACGUGGUGAAAAAGGAACCAUCUACGCACAAGGUGCCGAAAUCGAGUUGUUUAAAGAAAACGAAACAUAGAAAAAAGUAUAUUGGAACGGAAAUCGUCCAGGAAGAAACUAAGAAAAAACCGGAAACUAAUUUGUUGGAUAGUAACAUCUUUGGUAGCUUGAAAAAUAUUUUGAACUUCUCUACGUCAGUGCCGUUGGCUGAGCGUGGCGUUCCGGAAGGACAGGAAGACAUAACGAUUUACUCUUCUUCGCACGACGUCUCGAACAGACGCAAAUCCUUCGGCAGCCUGUCUUUGAAGAACUUCGAAACCAUAGAGAUCAAACCGGCGCCCGUCAACAAGGUGGCGGUAGCCAAAAGCAAUUUGAAACUAACCAGAAGCGAGGGAUUUUAUCCUAACUACCCUCAAAAUCAGAAACUCCCCGCCAACAUUAUACUUUGCGAUAGCAACGUGUAUGAACACAAAGGCAUUAGUUACUCGUACGAGUACGAUAAGUUCCAGAAGUCGUUCGAACAACAAAACAAACCCAAAAGCUCGACAGUUUAUCAAAUGAUACUCAAAGAGUUCAACUUCUUCAAACGUAAAGCCAAAGAGGAAGACGUCGAGGAGGAUUUUGAAAUCAUCGCCCCAAUUCCAUCACCCUCUCACCACGUGGAAAAAGUUGAAACGGUGGAAGAGCCAGAAAUCAAACCGUCGAAAAGUAACAGCACCCUAAGUAAGUUCGGGUCGACCGCCAAAAUGGAUUGGUCCGACAACGACACGGUGUCCGACUUUUCGGAAGUCAGUUCCAGGCAUUUGCAUUCACCGAAAAGGCGCGUCAGCAAGUCCAACCAUUAUUCGGUCCAGUCGUUCAAAUACAACGACUCAAGAUCGGAGAUGGACGGAGAGCCGAGCACGAGCUUGAGGAAUUUGCAGUCACUAAGACCGGCAUCUUCGAAAAGCUCGUUGAUUAAUCGUUUUUUACGCAACGUCACGCUGAAGAAAAUGCUGGAUAUUAAGGUGGAGAAACGACAGAAGUCAUCCAGGAAGUAUAUGGGGCUGUACAUUAAGGGGGUGAAGGGCGACUUUAAGAGAGACGAAGUGGACAGGGAGCUAGAGAGGGAGAUCGAAAGAGGGCGAGUUGUGAAGCGACAGUUCGAGGAGGACUUUGACAAGAAACUAUUGGCACAAUUUAGGAAGGAGGUUUUCAGGGACUGGUCAGAAAAAUUGUUGAGGGUGUUUUCUGUGAGAAGCGCCUACACAACAAAGGGAGACAGCCGUCCUUUAAACGUAUUGAUUACCAACACGACUAUUUAUAUUGUCGGCAUGCGACCAAACAACACCUACUGCAACCACUUCGUUUUACCUUUCACCGCACUCAACACGAUUCUCAUUGGACCCAAUGCUCAAACAAUACACUUCUCAAACUAUGACAAGGACAUGCAAUGUAUUAUAGCGACGGGCUGUAGCAAUGUGACUGGGGCUUUGGUGGGACAAUUAGAAAUCGCCAUGAGAAAGGACGUUAACCAGCCCAAACUUCCCGCCGUCAAACAACUUACCAUGAGAGACAUGAAGAAUUUAAGACGCACCAUUUGUAAACAAACUGCUGUUGACAAAGAUGAAGAAUAUUAUUAUUACAGCAUUGUUAAUAUCCAAGACUUCAAUCCUGAACUAGCAGAUAUAACACCUCUGGGUCCAAACAAAGAAGGACCCCUGAUGUUCAAGUCGUUUGAUUCGGACGGCAGAUGGGAAACUGCAUAUUUUAUCCUUAAGGCUGGAGUAUUGUACAUGUUGUCGUCAGCAUCUCAAAGAGUACCGAUGCGCGUCUUUCCUCUAAUAAACGGAUCUUGUCAGGGAGCGAGGCGUGUUUUCAACAGUCACAGGCCGCACACCUUCCAGCUAAUUGUGGAGGGCAAAAGCCUCCUGCUGGCGGCUCCGGACGAAUACGUGGCCAGCGAGUGGCUGCAGGAGCUCGUGCACUCCGCCAGUGGCACAUACAAUAACCGUGAAAAGUCGUUGAGCUUUUCGUGCAGCUUGCUGUUGACCAGCGAGCACAUCUUGACAGUGCGGGAGGCCUUCCCGUUCACCAUUAACUCUCUGUUACCGGCUUGCGGUCGGCACGAUCCUAUAAAGGGGGCGCAGGCUCUCAGCUGCGCCGCCAUUUCGGAUCUGACUUCGUUCCGGUUGCCGUCCGCCGAGCAGAGCUGGUGCAUUCUAGAAUUCGCGUGCAGGGAAGUGCAUGAAUACAGUGGCGAUUGGAUUUUGUAUUUCUCUACGAAUGCGGAACUGGAGAGCUUCAUUUCGACUUUGGAGAUGUUGUGGGCUUACAAUAAUGAAGAGGGCGAAAGCUUUCCUUUAAGCACGAUUCCGGAGACGGAUCCAUUGAGUAAACGUUGUGUAGAUGUCUAUACAACUUUGUUAGGCACGUGGCCGGUAAAUACUGUACAUUUACAGUUUAUAUAGAUAUUUUUUUAUUAAUUUAAAUUUAUUUAACUUUAUAUUGUCGCUGUUGCGAACUCUAGAAUUUUUACAAUUUAAUUUUAUCAGUUGAUAUUUUUUUAUUUUCUGGCGGGUACAGAAUAAAACGGUUCGGAGUUUAUCGAAUGCACUUUGCAACAUACGUAUUUAGUACCAUUCGUUCAUUUUUUAUAAGAUGUGCUGUUUCACUUUGGAAGGACUGACGAAAUAAAAUAAUUUUGUGAUAUGGAACAUUUCAGAAGCAUAUCUUUUCAAUUAUGCAAUGCUUUAUCAAAUUUAUAUUUCUGAAUUGAAGCAAUACACACCAUUUUACAUGUUAGUUGUAACAAUUAUAUUUUUAAACAGUGAACGAAUUGUAAAUUAUUAUUUAAUAUUUUUAUAUUACUACACAUUAGCAGAAUUUAUAAUCAGUAUAAAUUCUAAUUAAUACUCCGAAAAAUAUUAAACUCUUACCUUAAUUUGAUGAAGUGAUAAAUUC